AUGCUUGCCGUCCCUGCUUUGGUUGGACAAGGGCUUCAUAUACCCAACCAAGAAGAUGUAAACAUUACAGAUAAUGUGGAAAUUGUUGAGGAAAAUAAGUCCGAUUCCGACUCGGAUAAUGAUGAAUCAAACACAAACGGUAUUCCCGAAGAUGCUCUUUGUAGAAUUUGCAAGCAACCGCAUACUGAAGAAGAUCCUCUCUUUCAUCCUUGCAAAUGCUCAGGAAGUAUCAAGUACAUCCACGGAAGUUGUUUGAUGGAGUGGAUGAAGCAUUCAAACAAAGGCAAAUACUGCGAAAUUUGCAAGCACGAAUUCAAAUUUGCAAAGGUUUAUUCACAUGACGCUCCCAAACAAUUGUCUCCUCUUCAGGUUUUGCUCGGUGCAUUUUCAGUGUUGUUCAACUAUUUGAAGUCAAUUAGUAGAAUUUUACUUGUAAUUUUUGUUUGGAUCGUGCUCGUUCCUUUCAUUACUUAUCAGUUUUAUAGGAUUGUGAAUAUUACAUCAUUGAGUCAAAUUGCCGGAAGCAUUUUAGAGUGGGAAACCUUAUUUAAAGACUAUGGUAUUCUCACUUUCUUCAGAGACUGCACCUUUGGAGCUACAAUUUGUAUAUUUGUUUUACUUCUUGAUUUGAUAACUGCUGGGGUUUUAGAAUUUAUUAAAUCGAAUUUAGAGUUACUGGAAAGUUAUAUCAACCCUCAAAGACAAGCACCUCAAGUGAAUGCGAACGACCAAAACAGCUCUAAUGAAAUAAUUACUCUAAAGGAUUUGAUGAAUAAUCAACAAUUGUUACAACAAGAGGAAAAUAAUGAUGAAACAAAUGACACACCGCAAGAAGAGGCCAACGAAGCAAGAGUGGAGCUAGAAGAAGCAAUGGAAAAUGUUCCUCAAGAAGGUUUGAUCCAAAAUCCUCCAAUGGUGGCCAAUCCUCUUCCUCCUCUUCAGAAUGCCAAUCAAAAUGGCGCAAGAGAAGACUUGGAUCUUGAUGUUAUGAUUGGUCUUAAAGGUGACAUUUCUCACCUCUUUGAAACCGUUGCCCUCGUAUUAUUCCUAAACUCCCAACACAUUCUAUUGUUGCUGUUCCUUCCCCUUCAAUUUGGAAGAUUUAUUUGUCAUCAAUUAAUUCACCGUUUCGAAAUUUAUAAUAUUAUAGAUGAUUUACUCAAUCAAGAUAUCACGAACAACGGAACAAGCACAUUCAGCAAUAUUACUCAAACUUUGAAAAAGUUGACAAACGACACUAUAUUCCAAAAUAUCAAUCCUGCUAAUACCAUGUCCGUAAAUUCAUCAUCCUAUUUAGACUCAACUGCAUGGAUCGUUGGAGAAAAGAUUGUAUAUAUAUUAACUGGAUACUUAUUUUUAAUUGGCGUGAUUUAUUCAUUUGUGUUGCUAAAUUAUCUAUUUCAUAACUUCAUAUCCAAGAGGUGGUUCCCCAUUUGCAGCUUAGCCAAAAAAAUCGUGUAUUAUACCAUGUACAUUAUUUUACUCAUGAAGAUUGCAACCAUUUUGACCACAAACUUUAUUGUCAUACCUCUUGCUAUUGGAUAUUUAUUAUUUUAUUCUACAGAUGAAUUUUUCAAGAACACCACCAUUAACAUUACUGCUACGAUGGGAUACAGAAUCAAUGGUAAUUCCACAUUGCAGCUAAACCAAACAAUUACGGAUUCAAUUGUUAACUUAACUGAACCAGUAUAUCACUUCAUGGAACAUUUUCAUUUUAAUUCAACGAAUAUUUUACGAGAAUUGGUAUUUGGAGUCUAUGCUUCGGUGAAGCCAUAUUCACUGGAGAUUAUUCUCUCUAGACUAGUCAUAUUCUUCAGUGUGGCAUUUGUUUACUUUGUUUUUGGAAUUAUUGUUGUAGUUGUUGCAAGCAGCUUUAUCCAAAUGCUUAGAUCCUUUUUGUCCAAACGCGUAUUAUGGUUUUUGAGAGAUCCUGAUGAUCCCAACUUUCAUUACUUGAAAGAACUUGUUACCAUAAGCAUAUUUACUCACAUGAGAAGAAUUACAUUUAGCUUCUUUUUCUUAUCAAUUCUUAUCUUAGCAUUAGUAAGAACACCACUGAAGAUGGUCAGAUUUUUGUUACAAGACUACAACUUCUUUCCCUUCAAGAUAGGAACUCCGUUGGGAGAAUACGGUCGAAACUCUCUUAUUGAGCUAACUAUUGAUACCUCCCUACCCAUCAUCAUUGUCAACUAUAUGCAGCAACGAUGGUUCAAUCUUCAGAAAUUGAAAUGGGUGUUAAAACGGUGGUUUGAAAUUGGCGGUAGUUAUCUUUCGCUCGAGUCCUACUUUUUUGAUACUCCAACUUCAACAACAGUUGCUGCUAGAGACAUCAAUCUUCAAAGAUCUGUUCGAUAUCCAAAUCACUUUCCGUUAAGAAUAUCUCUAUUCAUUCUGAUUACUUGGUGUGGCUUGAUCGAAAUAAUAUCACUCUCGAUCAUUAUUCCCUUACUUCUUGGAAAGUUUGUACUCGAUAAUGUUUUAGGAACUCUUCUCGGAAUUGAAAUGAGAAAUCAUUUUUACACUUACAUGAUAGGCCUGUACUUGUUUAAUGGAAUUAUGUACAUUUUGAAUUAUAUUUACACGGAACGUUCAUUCGAGAAGAUCAUCAAAUGGGGAGCUAUUAUUAUCAAGUGUUCCAUACUCUUUGUUCUAUGGUUUAUAUUGGUUCCUAUCUUAAUUGGAAGUGCUAUUGAAAUGAGCAUUGUCGUUCCAACAAGAUUAGCAAUUGAAAUACUUGUUAGUGAGAACUUUGAUGACUCACUUACAGGCUCUCAGCCAGUAUUAUUGCUCGCAGAAGUUUGGUCUUUAGGAUUGUUUUUCUCAAUUACAAUACUCAAGCUUCCUGAUGUAUUUCCUGGAUUGCAGAAUUUUGCUCAAGAGCUCAAUAGAGUUAAGCAAAAUGGUUUUCGUAAUGUGGAGCUGAUACGAGUUGUGAACAAUCUCAUUUUGCCAGUGGUGUACCACUUGGUGCUGUUCCUUACAGUUCCCUAUGUUGUGAACAAAACCAUUUUGCCUUUCUUUGUGUUGCCUCAGACCCAGUACCAUAUUUUCGUAUUUAGUUAUCCCUCCAUUGUUGCUCUAUUGAUUUUAAAGCUUGUUGUGCAAGCCCUUACUAAGAUUUACAACAAAUUGCAUGACAUUGUUAUGGACAAGCUGUACCUAUCUAAGGAAGUCCUAGUCAAUCAUGGUGAGGUAUCUGCCAACAUGCCAGGUGUGAUCAAUAACCAAUAA